AUGAAUACCACAGCCUAGUCAUUUAAUACACAUCAAAGCACGCAAUAAAAAGUCAAUACAUCUAUAUAUAAUUUUGAGGAUACAAAGAUAAAAACUCCGCUGUCAGGACAAAAAAAACUCUAGUCAAGAAGAAAUACAGGUUCUUCAAGUUUUAGAUGCGCUUUUUAGGAUACAAUGUCUUCAACUAAGCCAGUUUUUAGAACUAAUCAAAAGUUUUAUUAGAAUCAACCAAAAAUUGAUAAAUUAAUUGAUUAAUCUCCUUAAGCUUAAAUUAAAAGAAAGGAAAUAGAAAUAAAAUAAUUAUUAGAAAAUUCUGCUUUGGCUAAAUUUAAAGGUGAUUUAGGUGAAGCACUAGAAAUUGCAAAGUAAGCAGUUGAGCAAAGUAAUAAACUGAAAAUUCAGAAAGAGAAAGUUAACAACUAUUAUGAAGAAAUUGACUUGCAAUAGUAUGAUGUUCCAUAUAACUUAGCAAUUUAACUUUAAGCUAAUGGUUUCUAUUAAGAAGCUCUUAAGUAAUAUACUUAAAUAGUAAAAAAAUAUAAACAUCAUCCAAUAGCAUAAAAUCUGGAAGUUAACAUGGGCAAUAUUUACUUUUAGUUAUAGUAAUACAAAGAUGCUAUUAAAAUGUAUAAAAGAGCUUAUCAUAUGACGUUUAGAGAUUCUAAAUAUACAAGUAUGCGUUUAUAAAUACUUAAAAAUAUCGGUAUUGCUAAUAUAAAACAAGGAAAAUAUGAAGAAGCCAUAAAAGACUUUGAAACUAUUAUGAAUGAAAAACCAGACUUCUAAACUGCAUUUAAUUUAAUUCUUUGCCUUUUUGAGUUGGGUGAUAAAUAAGGAAUAAAAGACUGUUUUUCUUGUAUGAUAAAUAUUGAAAUACCGGGUUACAAUUAAAAUGAACAAGAAGAAAUAAUUCAAGGAAUAGCUUUAAAUGAUCCUUUAAGAGAGUAUAUAAAAGAGAAAAAAAAAUAAGCUGUAGAAAUAAUAAUAAGGAGUGCUAAAUUUAUAGCACCAAUUAUUCUAGACAAUAUUAUAGAUGGGUAUAAUUGGGUAAUUGAAGCUUUAAAGGAUUCUUAUUUUUAUGAGGCUUAAACAGAAAUAGAAAUAUGCAAAUCACUUGCUUAUCUAGAAACCAAAGAUAUUGUUAAUUCAAUAGAAACACUCAAAUAGUUUGAAAAAAGAGAUAAAAUUAUUGUGGGAAGAGUCUCUAAUAACAUUUCUUUUCUUUAUUUCUUAGAAAAGAAUUUUAAAAAUGCUGAGUAAUAUGCUGAUUUAGCUAUAGAUUUUGAUAGAUUUAAUCCUAAGGCUUUGGUCAAUAGAGGAAACUGCUUUUUUGUUAAAAAUGAAUUUUAAAGAUCUAAGCUAUUAUAUUUAGAUGCCCUCAGAUAUGAUGCCUAAUGCGCUGAGGCUCUUUACAACUUAGCUCUUGUGAAUAAAAAGCUAAAUAUGCCUAAUGAAGCUUUAUUGGUAUUAGAAAAAUUAUUGACUAUCAUUUCUACACCUGAAAUCAUUUAUCAAGUGGCAAACAUUUAUGAAUUGAUGGGAUAAUCAAAUUAAGCAUUGAAAUGGUAUCAAAUAUUACUUACUUAAAUACCUACAGAGGCUAAUAUUCUUGCAAUUGUUGGUAGCAUAUAUGCAAGGGAAAAUAAUGAAUUACAAGCAUUUACUUAUUACAGUGAAUCAUUUAAAUGUUGUUCUUAUAAAAUUGAAACAAUAGAAUGGCUAGGUUUAUAUUUUAUAAAAUAAGAGUUAUAUGAAAAGGCUUCAUAAAUAUUUGAAAAGGCAAUAUAAAUACAGCCAAAAGAAGCUAAAUGGAAAUUUAUGGUGGCUUUUUGCUAUAAAAAAAUGGGGUUGAAUAAGCUGACUCUUUAAAUAUAUCAAGAAAUCUAUGAAAAUGACCCUUAAAACAUUGAAUGUCUUAAAUGUUUAAUUCAAAUAUGUUAAGAGAUGGGAUUAAAUAGUGAAGAAUAUGCUCAAGACAUGAGAAAAUUAGAAGCAAAUCUUAAUAUUAUUAGCUAUUAAAUUCUGAUUAUGAAGGAAGAUCAGAAAACUAUCAGAUUGAUGUAAACUUUUAGUCAAGGCAAAGAGUUAUUCAAAAAAACUCAAUACAAAUAUAUGAGCAGUAGUAUUAAAGCAAUGACAAUUAGAGUAUAUAUGAUUUAUUGCCAAUUUGAAUAUAAAAUUCAAUUAUAGCAAAGUUUAAAGUCAAACUUUUAAAGCUAUAAAAAGAGUUUAUUUUAUAUUAGAUAGUAGUUAAAGUUUUACUUAUUUAUUUGUCAUGGUAGUUGUUCUCAAAAAUUUUUAGUAAUAAAAAUGAUGAAGUAUAAUUUUAAAAGAAAUCUAUUUCUUGAUAAAUAAUUUUAUUGUUAUAUCUACAUUGUUAUAUUAUCAAACUGA